GCCAGGGGCCGCUCGCGGGCCUGGUCUCCUUGGCAACAGGAGCUCCGCCCCUCCGCCCCUAUAACCUUUAGGGUGCGCGGGCGCCGCGUCUGUGCGCUCACUCCCUCUCCGCCCCUUCGCUCAGGCCUCCUCGGCCGGAAGCGAAGAUGGCGGCAGCAGCGGCGGCGGGCGCGGCGUCUGCCGAGCUAGUGAUCGGCUGGUGCAUCUUCGGCCUCCUGCUCCUGGCUAUUUUGGCAUUUUGCUGGAUAUAUGUUCGUAAAUAUCAAAGUCAGCGGGAAAGUGAAGUUGUCUCCACCAUAACAGCAAUUUUUUCUCUGGCGAUUGCACUGAUCACAUCAGCACUUCUCCCAGUGGAUAUAUUUUUGGUUUCUUACAUGAAAAAUCAAAAUGGUACAUUUAAGGACUGGGCUAAUGCUAAUGUCAGCAGACAGAUCGAGGACACGGUAUUAUAUGGUUACUAUACCUUAUAUUCUGUUAUAUUAUUCUGUGUGUUCUUCUGGAUCCCUUUUGUCUACUUCUACUAUGAAGAAAAAGAUGAUGAUGAUACUGGUAAAUGCACUCAAAUUAAGACAGCACUCAAGUAUACGUUGGGAUUUGUUAUGAUUUGCGCACUUCUUCUUUUAGUUGGUGCUUUUGUUCCAUUGAAUGUUCCCAAUAACAAAAAUUCUACAGAAUGGGAAAAGGUGAAGUUCCUGUUUGAAGAACUUGGAAGUAGUCAUGGUUUAGCUGCCUUGUCAUUUUCCAUUAGUUCUCUGACCUUGAUUGGAAUGUUGGCAGCUAUAACCUACACAGCCUAUGGCAUGUCGGCACUGCCUUUAAAUCUGAUAAAAGGCACGAGAAGCGCUGCUUACGAACGUUUAGAGAACACUGAAGACAUUGAAGAAGUGGAGCAACACAUCCAGACAAUUAAAUCGAAGAGCAAAGAUGGUCGACCUUUGCCAAUAAGGGAUAGACGUGCCUUAAAACAAUUUGAAGAAAGGUUACGGACACUUAGAAAAAGAGAGAGACAUUUAGAAUUCAUUGAAAAUAGCUGGUGGACAAAAUUCUGUGGUGCUCUGCGUCCCCUGAAGAUCAUUUGGGGAGUAUUUUUCAUCUUAGUUGCAUUGCUAUUUGUAGUCUCUCUCUUCCUGUCAAACUUGGAUAAAGCUCUUCAUUCAGCUGGAAUAGAUUCUGGUUUCAUAAUUUUUGGAGCUAACCUGAGUAAUCCACUGAAUAUGCUUUUGCCUUUACUACAAACAGUGUUUCCUCUUGAUUAUAUUCUUAUAACAAUUAUUAUUAUGUACUUUAUUUUUACUUCAAUGGCGGGGAUUCGAAAUAUUGGCAUAUGGUUCUUCUGGAUUAGAUUGUAUAAAAUCAGAAGAGGUAGAACCAGGCCCCAGGCUCUUCUGUUUCUCUGCAUGAUACUUCUGCUUAUUGUCCUUCACACUAGCUACAUGAUUUACAGUCUCGCUCCCCAAUAUGUUAUGUAUGGAAGCCAAAACUACCUAAUAGAGAGCAAUAUAACUUACGAUGACCAUAAAGGCAAUUCAACUCUGUCUGUGCCAAAAAGAUGUGAUGCAGAUGCCCCUGAAGAACCUAAACCCCUAAGAGAUGAGUUAAAAGUUGAUAAUAUGAGACUUGGGACUGCAAUGCAGAUCAAUGUACUGUCACCCGGACAUACCUGUUCCUUCACAAGUUCUGGUUCUUUAGUGCUGCCUACUAUUUUGGUAACUGGGCCUUUCUUGGGGUGUUCGUGAUUGGGUUGGUCGUAUCCUGUUGUAAAGGGAAGAAAUCGGUCAUUGAAGGAGUGGAUGAGGAUGACUCAGACCUGAGUGAUGAUGAGCCCUCCAUCUAUUCUGUCUGACUGCCUCUCUGGUACGGGUUUUACAAAGCUGACUAUUUCUUGUGUAUUUUUAAAGUGUCAAACUAACAUUAGGAUGAACUGACUAGCUUUCAUCAAAAAUGGGAGCAUGGCUAUUAAAAAACUAUAUUUUUUAUGUUUUCUGAAGUAAUGUAUCAUAGAUUAACAUUUAAAUUGCUAUAAUAAUACUGUGUAAAUAUAAAACUACUGGCUUUGUGAGGGAAUGUGGAAAUUUUUUUUCUAGUGUGUAAUAUAAUAGUGAUGAAAUGAUUAAAAAUCUUCCAGAAGUAAUAUUCCCUUUUGUCACUUUGUAAAAAUGUAAUAAAUCACUCAUAUUUGUGCCUU